CUCCCGCGGUAGCAGCGCGGUGCAGGGCUCUCGUCCUCUCUCUGGAGCUCCGGACCAUCCGCUGUUGGCAGACGCGGAAUUUCAGGGCAGAGGGGAGGCCUGUGUCCAGGGGCGGCCACAUAGGCGGAGGCUCCGCGAGGAAAUCGACCGAACUACAACUUUCAAAACAGAUAAGACACUGUGGGAAGUAAAAUGUCGGAAGAUAUUGAAGCAAUUGAAAAAGAACUAGAAAUGGAAUUAGACAGAGUGAGUAUUUCUUCGUUUGGAACAGAUGAUCCUGACUCAGAUGUAUCAGACGAGCCCUCGAGUGACAGUGAGACAGAUUCAGAUGACUUACCAGAAUCAGUUGUCUCCUAUUUAAACUUUAUCAAGAGAAGCAAUCAAGAUGCUGAAAAGCUUAUACUGCAGGACAUGGAAGGUGACAUUUAUGAAAUAGUUUCUUGCUAUCCUUCUGAAUCAAAUGAAGAUUCAAAACAAUUUAAUGAAAAGAUACUGCUUGAAGUUGAAAAUGAAGACUUGAAGCUUGCUAGAACACCUGAUUUUAGGCAGUCCAUCAGUGAUGAAAUGGGCACUGAUGACCACUUUUUUACAGCUGGUCUUAAAAUGAACAUAAGUCUUGCCCAUUGUGAAGUAGAAGAGUGUAAACCAGCACUUGAGCUUGAAGAUGAGAAGAUGAAAAAGUGGAAUGUUGAGAGAGAAUCACGGGAAAAAAAGAAUGAAGAGGAACACGCAAGAAGGUUGCAGCAUCUGGAGCAAUUUGAGGCUGAAAGAAUAAAAUUAGAUCAUCUUCUUAAGAAACGCCAAGCUGCAAUAGAAGAUGAGUUGCAGAAAGAAGAGGAAGCUUGGAGAGACAAAAUGAGGAAACACAAGGAAUUAAUCUUGAAGCUACAGUUGCAAAUGGAAGAGGAGAAAAAGGCCUUGGAAGAACAGAAAGCAAAAGAAAGACAACAACUGGCUGAACAACAGAAUACAGCAGCUGUGAAAAUCCAAGCUAGAUUUAGAGCAUUUUUAGUCCGUAAAAAAUAUGCUCCCAUUUUAAAACAAUGGAAAUAUGAAAUGAGAAAGAAGCAGAAAAUACUAGAGGAAAUAGAGCAAGAAAUGAAAGAAAGAGAGGAAGAGCUGAACAGGCGAAUGGAAGAAAACAGGUUAAGGAGAAAAGAGGAAAGAAAGAGACAAGAGCUUGAAAGACAAGAAUAUUUGAAACAGUUGAGGAGGUGUGAGGAAUAUGAGAAAAAGAAAGAAAGCCUGAGAUUGGAAAGAGAAAAACAACUGCAAAUAAGAAGAGAAGAAGAAAUAAAAUUAGAACCAAAAAGAGCAGAAGCUGUGAUGAGUGAAAAUGUAGAAAAUAACAUAGAAAACAUAAAAAAGGAUAAUAAGACAGAAAAUGUGAAAGUCAUAAGAGAAGAGAAGGAGGAACUAAAUAAAGAAGUAGAGGAACAAAAAGAAAAACAUGCUGAAAUGAUGGAUGAAACAAAUAAUAGGAUGAUUCCAGCAGAAAGAAAUUUGACACCAAGUGUGCUAGACUCUGAGAAGGAACACUCUUCUCAAGUGAGUAAUGAGAGCUUAUAUAUUAAUUCAGUAACACAAGUAGAAGAAAAUCACUCACAAACAAGUUACCUUGAUAAAGUUUCAAAUGGCCAUAUUUCAAAGGAUGAAUCUCUUAACUUUGGUGCUAAUGACAUGGUAGAAAAUAAGGCAAAGUGCAUAUGCUGCAUAUGCCCACCAAAUGUCCAGCCAAAUGCUAGUAACAGGGAAAUUAAAGAUCGAUUUUCUCAGUAUGAAACUGUGAAGAAAACUUUAUUUCUGAUGGAAAGUAUUACUGAAGAAGUCAGAGACACCUGGGACAGUCAUCAAGAUGUGGCAGAUUCUUCUAGUAAAGUAAUUUUUCCUGAUGAUAUUGAAAAGAAGAGAAUAAACUGGAUGAACACAUGCAAAUCUUGGUCCAAAAUAUAUGAAGAAAACCAAAGAAAACAAGUAACUAUAAGAAACCAACUAAGGAAAAGUUCAGUUAGCAAGAUGCCUCCACUAAGUACAGAAAAGAUAAUUCAUAGUGGCCCUUGGAGGACCUUGCAGCAGGUCACAACGCUUACGCUCGAAGAUUUGCCAGCUUGUAGCCUCUCAACCUUAUCUGAGUGUUCAAAUCUUCAAGUUUUGACUCUGAGGCGCUGUGGACUGGUUGCACUGGAAGGACUAAGUAGCUGCAAAGACCUGAAGUAUAUCAAUGUGGAGGAGAAUGACAUUCAGGUAAUUGACUGUGCAAAUCUGGAAAAUCUCUGUAUUCUCAUUCUGAAUAAGAACUGUCUUUCAUCAGUUUAUGGCUUAGAUGGAUGCAAAAAUCUCCAAAAUCUUGAACUUUCCUACAAUAGAAUCACUCGAAUUGGUGGUCUGGAGUCACUGAAAAAUCUUCAGCGAUUACUUGUGGACCAUAAUCAGUUAAUCAACACAAAAGGUCUUUGUGAGGUACCUACUCUCAUUCACCUAGACUGCUCUUUCAAUCAUCUUGCACAAGUUGAAGGCAUUGAGAAUUGUGGCCUACUUCAAGUUCUGAAGUUGCAGGGCAAUAAUCUCCAGGAGCUUCCAAGACUGGAAAAUCAUGUUCUCUUAAGAGAACUAUAUUUGGAUGACAAUAGCAUUUCUUCUAUGAGAAUGCUUUCUUUGUAUUGGUUGCCUCUAUUGCAGAUUCUUUUGCUGUCUCAAAAUAGAUUAACUGACCUUGUGCCCUUAAAUUCAUUUAUAUUUUUGGAAAAGCUAGAUAUCAAAAAUAACUGCUUGUCAGAUGUUAAAGAUGUCCGUACAUGGUUUAGUGGCUGCCAUAAACUAAAGGAGCUGUCAUUGAGUGGGAAUCCUCUUCUCCAAGAAAAGAACUGGAGGUCUUCCGUGUUGGAGGUCCUUCCUAGUUUACAGUUGCUUGAUGGUGAAAUCUUAACCCUUCAUACUUUACCCACAACUGAAAAAACCAAAGCGUCAGAAUUAAGAACUUUUCUGCAACUUUGUCAAGUUCAAAUUGAAGAAAAUAUUCAACUGAAAAAAAAGGCUGCUGAAUUGGAAGUUGCCUCUUCUAUUGAUUCUGCACUGCAACAAUGCUGGUAUUUUAAUCAGCUGAUGAAACUUAGUAUUAAACAUCGAUAUGUACAUGAGUAUGGUGAACUAAGCAUUACUGACAGAGAUGGACCAGAAACACUUCAAAAUCAUUUAAAGCAAACAUCCACUGGCUGCCUACAGGAAAAUAACCUCUUUAUCAUGGGUGUGACAGAAAAUAAACAGGUCUUGUUGGAUCCUUCCAAAAGAUGGAUUGCUACUAGUGAUAUUCAGGGCACAUUCAUUAACUCCUCCAUACCUGUGCACCAAAAGGAAAAUAGAGAUCAGAUAAUGAGGCAGAAGAACACUGAAUCUUGUAUUAAUUACAGUGUGGAGAGCAAAGGCAACAAUAACAUGUCAGACCAACUCACAUUGAAACAGUCAGUGAUAGUCGCAAGUGAUAUGGGAAGAAAUUUCCAGCACUUUGGGAAUGAUACAGAAAGACUACAUAUGGCAGCAUGCUCGAUCCAGUCUUUUUGGCGGCGUUACCAUGCUCAAAGGAAAAAUGACUGCAAUAAAAUGGAGAAUCAUCAGUUUGUAGAAACUUUGAGACAGAAACAUGAAGCUGCCACAGUAAUCCAGGCAUUUUGGAAGGGUUUUCUUUUGCGAAAGAAACUGGCCAGUGCUCUUGCAGAUGUUAAAAGUGAUGAAGUGGAAGAUGAAUAUGAAGAAAUAAAUGUGGAUGCUUUCACACUUUCUGAAGCUACAUUAGAGAAGGAAUGGCUAACUCUAGAUUCCACCCGUUUCCCUUCAAAAACACUCCUGCUCUCAAACCAGCUGCACUGGCCAAAGAAGUUUUCUAGGCCUUCAGAUUCCAGAGGACAUUCGAAUAGUUUGCCUUUAGCACCACAAGAAGUUUGGCAGUGUGCUAACAGACCACAUUCAUGCUCAGCAGAAAAAAUCCAUUUUCAUACCAGGUCAGGCAAGGAAACAAUGUCACAGCUUUCUAACUGGAAAGAAAAAAAGGAAUUUUUAUUUAUGUCUGAAAAAGAAGAGAAAAUAUCAGAAGAAUGGGGUUUUAAAGAUAUUUCUACUGCACAGCUAAUGCUGAAGAGGGCCCAUAAAAUGAAACCUAAAAAAUGCAGUAAUAAAAGUUUAGACCCAGCUGUGCGCCUGGCGUUGUUCAAAAACAAUGAAAAUAAACAUCUCUCUGUGAAACCACCAGGGAAGACACAGCCCAUAAGUGCUGGUUACUUUGAAGGUAAAAAAAAUUAUCUGCUGGAUACUGCUUUAGAUGAGAAAUUGCAGAGAAAAGACUUCACAUACCAAUGGCUUCAUGCACAGCUUUUGGAUUAUGAAGCAGUCAGUUCCAGAAAUACAAAGUGCUGCCAUUUUUUACCUGAGCUAGAUCCUGCAAUAUGUGACAAUAGACAAGUACAACUUGUGGCAAGCCCUGUAAGCAGAGAAGACAUGGAUUUAGACCUUGUUUCCAUGACCAGUGGAAGUGCUUUGACUGAGAACAGAGAAAAAAAUAACCCACCACACAGACACUCAGCAAGAUCCUCAAAAAAUAAUAUUUCUUCUCCAGAGAAAUCAUGUUUGGGUCCAUCUCAUAGAGAACGAAUAUCAUUUCGAGACCGUCCAGUGCAGCUAAGCGGAGGAUGGGGAGCAGGCAAAAAAAGGCAAAAGUUUAAAAAUAUUAACUGAAUAUUGGAGAUACCGUAACUAGUUGAUUUACUCAAACACGGAGAGCAUAUGGAGAGCUGUUUCUUUUUAAACUUCUGAAUAUAAAUUGUUGGAUUUUCAUUUAUUACCAAUAAACCAGUUUCAGUUAACUACUUUUGACUUACUUUAUUAUACAUGGUUACAGUGGUUUGGGUUUUGUGGGAUUUUUUGGUCAAAGUAUUUUAUACCUGUCAGUAAGUUAUCAUAGUUUGUGUUUUCAAUUGCUUAUAUGUUCAUGUGGUAAAUAAUGCAGAACUGAUUAACUCUACAAGGUUUGUUGUGCAGUGACUAAGUUUAGGCUUGCGUGUAAGAACUGGAUGAGAAGUCCAAAUGUAAUAAGGGUUCAUGUUCAUGCGAUGUGCGUCACAUAUUGAAACACUGAAUUCUCGUUUUCUCACAAAAUAAAAUACAUGCUUGCAAACUGUCUUCUGCGCUGUUACAGCCAGCAAUGCAACCCUUAGAGAAGUAUGUUUAGAAUGUCUUACUGAACCAGUAUGCAAUGGAUGGUCAUGCACUUUUAUUAGGUGUAUGAGUAGUCCUCGAGAUCUUUUAUCAUAAAUUAUUGCCAUAAUAUGAUAAAACAACCUGCUAUUGGUUUUAUACUUUCAAAUACUUCUGAUUCCUACAGGAUUUUAGAAAAAAAAGACAAAAGGUUCUUGUUUUAUUCUGGGAUAAUGUAAAAUUAGAUCUAUAUGUCACUGUUAACUCAACUUCAUUUUUUCACAUAGACAGGUUCCUUCAGACCCAUGUUUUGUGGUGCAAGGAAAUCUAGAGAAAAGAAAAUACUGUUUUAACUGUUCAUGGGUAUCUAAUUCAUUACUUCUAGUCAGUACUUUGUCCAUCAGCAUACAGGACAGAAAAUGUUCCUUGAUUUCAAAGCCUAAUAUUAUUUUAAUGUCUUCCACUUUGAGGGUAUAAGUUGCUAACUGGAUCUUAAAAAAGGCUAUCUUUGGUAUUUCUUUGUCUGUUUUUGUAAGCUGCAACCCCCUGUAGAUGGAGAAGGAGGUGGAGAGGGUAAUGGGGCAAGUAAAGAACUUGCAUUGUGGCUGGUUUUAAAAUGUACUUAAAUUAACAUAUGAUGUUAUUUUGUAAAGUGUUUUUAUGCUAACAUGCAUAUUUAAGUAUGGGUUAAAAGCAUUUACCUCCAUUUUUGUAAAUACUUGCAUUCAUUUUCAGAUAAAAAGAUGACUGAUCUCAUGGAAAACCUCCAGUAAAUAAUUUUGUUUUUUGAACCACUGUCCUGUUUUUAUUAUCACUUUGCUAUAAAAAAAUCAGUGCACCGUAUUUCAGAAAAGAUUUCUUUGCCUUUCUAGGGAGUUAUGGUCAGGUUGCUUAACCUGCUUAUAUAAAUGCUGUAGCUAUCAGCAUGGUAUAAAACAUCAGUAGAUGUUUAUCUUACCUAGUUAGUUUCCAAAUGUAUGAAGUUAGUGUUCAGGUUGGCUUCAGGAUCUGCAAUAUAAUGACUUUUAGAUGUCACCAACAAAUACUGGAGCUUUUCUGAUUUUGCUUUUUAACAUCAAGGUUAUAAGUUUUGUAGGAAGAACUUAAUUAUUUCAAAGUGUCUGCCACUACAACUGGCAGUGUGUGUAGCCACUGUUAC